GCCGCCUCCUUGGCAUGGAUGCUGCGGCUCGGCUGUGGGCUGAGGCAGCUGGGGACAGGACCUGGUACUCGGAUUGCUGCCCGGCUCCCUCUGAGCACUGAGAUGCCUAAGAAAGCUGGUGCGAUGAACAAGGGGAAAAGCCAGAGCAAGGAAACAGAGAGACCAGUUCCUCCCUCAGGUCCUGUGGCAGUUGAUCCCAAAGGUUGUGUCACCAUAGCCAUCCAUGCCUAACCUGGUUCCAAACAAAAUGCUGUGACGGGUGCUAAAUCUCGUGAAAAAGUGGUGAAGCUUUUGGCCUCCCCAAGUCCGGAAGAGAUCUUGGAGAAACUGAAAAAGCAAGUUGAAAAAAAAUAAAAGCAAGAAAUGAAAAGUACACU